CGUUAAACACAACCAAAUAGACUCGCGAGACGCGUCAGCGACUGAAAGUAACCCAGUCAUUCUUUCACUUUAUUGAACAUGGAAGGCAUGGAUGGUCUCGCAGAAAUGAUGGGUGGUCAGCUUCGUGGAAUGCGGGGUCCUCCGUCAGAUUCGGCAGUACCUGAUAGCGGAGAAGUCAUUCACAUAUCAUCUCUGGCACUAUUAAAGAUGUUGAAACAUGGUCGAGCUGGCGUUCCUAUGGAGGUCAUGGGCCUCAUGCUUGGAGAAUUUGUCGAUGAAUAUACCGUGCAAGUUGUGGAUGUCUUCGCCAUGCCACAGUCUGGUACCACCGUGACUGUCGAGUCGGUCGAUCAUGUUUUCCAAACUAAGAUGCUCGACAUGUUGAAGCAGACAGGACGGCCGGAGAUGGUGGUAGGGUGGUACCACUCGCAUCCAGGGUUCGGAUGCUGGCUUUCGAGCGUUGACAUCAACACACAAGAAUCGUUUGAACGCAUGCAGAACCGCUGUGUUGCUGUUGUUAUCGAUCCUAUUCAGUCCGUCAAAGGGAAGGUCGUCAUUGACGCAUUCAGAUUAAUCAACCCUCAAACCGUUAUUAUUGGGCGUGAACCGCGACAGACGACAUCCAACAUCGGUCUCAUCAACAAGCCGUCCAUUCAGGCACUCGUGCACGGACUGAAUAGGCACUACUAUUCAAUCGCCGUUAAUUACCGCAAGACAGAGCUUGAACAAUCGAUGUUGAUGAACCUGCACAAGAGAAACUGGACAGAAGGUUUGAAGUUGCGUGACUUUUGUUCACACAAGGAGAGCAAUGAGAAGGCUAUUAAGUCCAUGCUCACGCUGUCUGAGGCAUACAACAAAUCUGUGCAAGAGGAAUCGACGUUAUCUGCGGACAAGCUCAAGACACGGCAUGUGGGGAAACAGGAUCCAAAGCGACAUUUGGAGGAAGCGGUAGAAAAAGCAAUUGGGAACCAGGUGGUGCAGAACCUGGGUACGAUGUUACUGGCCGAACUAUAGAUUCUCUUUCGUCGGACUUCUUUUGCAUUCCCAUGGGUGUCAUUCAGAAGCAUAUCGGGCUCGCAGUUAACUCGCGGAGUUCUGCGUGAUG